AUGAACUCCGUGAUCCUAUGCCUCGCCUUGGCUACCGUAGCCUGUGCCGUAAGCUUGCGCCCGACCGGAUUUGGAAGAACCGUAGAAGUAGGCGCUGUGGUCGGAAGAACCGUGGCUGAGCCAGUCAUUGGAAGCACUACUGCUCAUCCACUUGUUGGCAGAACCGUCGCCGACCUCAUCGUCGCCAAGCCCAAGGUCAUCUGCGAGGCCUGCGAGAAGUUGGUCGAGUUAGCCGAAAAGGAGGGUGGCGACAAUGUCAGGGAAUACCUCGGCUAUGCUAUUGAUGAGGUCUGCGACGUCUCCAUCUUCCUGAAGAAGAUCUGCAAAAAGGAGCUUGAGCGGCAAGUCGACCGUCUCGUCGAGGUCAUCGAGCGGAAGGAGGAGCCAAAGAAGGCCUGCGAGAAGGCCAAGCUCUGC